UGAGCCGUCAGUCGGACCCGUCCGGGCUCCCGAUGCACCGCGGCUGCCCUCCUUCCUCUCAUCAUUCAGAGAUCGGCGAGCUCCCAUCUGGCUGGAGGCCGUGAGUCGCCAUGAACCCGCACCCUCGCCGCGUCCGCCUGAAGCCCUGGCUGGUCGCCCAAGUGAACAGCAACCAGUACCCGGGGCUGCAGUGGGUGAACGCCGAGCGCAAGCUGUUCUGCAUCCCCUGGCGCCACGCCACGCGGCACAUCCCCACACAGGAGGACGAGAACACCAUCUUCAAGGCUUGGGCCAAGGAGACGGGCAAGUACACCGAAGGGGUGGACGAGCCGGACCCGGCCAAGUGGAAGGCCAACCUGCGCUGCGCCCUCAACAAGAGCCGGGAGUUCAACCUGAUCUACGAUGGCACCAAGGACACCCCCAUGCAGCCCUACAAGAUCUACGAGGUGUGCGAGCUGCAGCAGCCCAACGGAGACUCCUUAGCGAGAGAUGAGGACGAGGACGAGGAGCUGCAGAAGAUGACAGCGCUGACGAUAGCGGACUCCAGCCAGGCCCUGGAGCCGCUGGCCCCGUACUCGUGGCCAAAGCAGGAAGUCCAGUUCCCCGACGCCCACAGCACCUGCGUCUUCCCCCCGCUGAGGGCCCCGGAGGUCUCGGACCCCGCCGGCCCCUUCGUCCCGGAGCUGCCCCCGCCCGAGUCCGCCGGCGCCAUCGUGUGCCCAGGGAGCCUGGAGAACUUGCCCCCCGGGAACGAGCCGCUGCAGCCCAUGGAACAGUUCAUCCCCGACCUGCUCAUCAGCCCGCACAUGCUGCCAUUGACAGACCUGGAGAUCAAGUUCCAGUACCGGGGCCGGCCGGUGUGGUCCCUGACCAUCAGCAACCCGCACGGCUGCCGCCUCUUCUACAGCAACCUGGAGCCCACGCAGGAGCAGGUGGAGCUGUUCGGGCCGGUGACGCUGGAGCAGGUGCGUUUCCCCAACACCGACCACAUCCCCAACGAGAAGCAGCGCUUCUACACCCACCAGCUGCUGGAUGUCCUGGACCGGGGCCUCAUCCUGGAGCUGCAGGGCCAGGACAUCUACGCCAUCCGGCUCUGCCAGUGCAAGGUGUUCUGGACGGGGCCCUGCGCCGCCGAGGGCACCGGCCCCAACCCCAUCGAGCGUGAGAAGAAGAUCAAGCUCUUCAGCCUGGAGAACUUCCUCAACGGCCUCAUCCUGUUCCAGAAGGGGCAGACGCCCACGCCGCCCCCCUUCGAAAUCUUCUUCUGCUUCGGCGAGGAGUGGCCCGACCAGAAGCCCAAGGAGAAGAAGCUCAUCACUGUCCAGGUGGUGCCAGUGGCCGCGCGGCUCCUGCUGGAGAUGUUUUCCGGGGAGCUGUCUUGGUCGGCAGACAGCAUCCGCCUGCAGAUCUCGCACCCGGACCUCAAGGACAAGAUGGUGGAGCAGUUCAAGGAGCUGCACCAGAUCUGGCAGAAUCAGCAGGGCCUGCAGGGGCCCCCGGCAGCCCACGCCGGGCCCAGCCUGGAGCCGGGCGCGGGCGUGUGGCCCAUGCAGUAGUGAUUGAGCGGGCACAGCCCAGGAGUGUCCUGCUGGGCGAGCCAGACAGCACGAGAUGCUGCUUUGCUGGCCAUGGGGCUGGCCAGCUCCGGACUGCGAAGGGGGCAGUGGCUGGGGGCCCCGGGACUGGGUCCUGCCCCAUCUCCAACCCCUGGGGAGCAGUCAGAGGUUGCAUGGCCCCGGAAGUAUCUCCGUGCCGAGCUUUGCCGUGGCGAUUUCCAAGGUAGGGCCUGGGCCAGAGCCCAGGGGAGCCACAGCCCGUCCUCAAUCCAAGGUUCCUGCCACGUGCAGCGCGGAGCAGGAGAGAUGGGCGCAGUUUACCUCGAAAGCACUGCACCCGGCUGCAGCCCAGCCCAGGUUCUCGGCUGGCCGGAUAGGCGGAUGCACCUGCGGCACCGGGCCAGGCUCCUGCUGGCAGGGGGGUGGGGGACAGACUUCGGGGAUGUGUGGGGCUCUCCAGUGGCUUCCUGGCAGACUAGCCCUGCUGGGCUGGGUGCUGUGUUGGGCACAGGAGUUGCCGAUGCCAUCUCCAGGGGCGGUGAUAAUAAAGCAACCCCUUGUGUACGUGGA